AGAUGAAACGAAUCUUAGAAAUAAAUUAUAAAUAUUUUUUUAUAUUAAUUACAAUUAAUUAAUAUGAGUUACUAAAUUUCCAUGGAAUGAUUGAAUAUUUUUUAAAUUACCAACCAUAACACUGAAAUCCAAUGACAAUUCAAGAUGUAUUUUCCCAUAGGAUGGCCAAAAGUGCUGAAAAACUUAGGAGCAGAUACUCAGUUAAUCAAGCAAAUAGUAUCUAACCGAGAUAAGAUCCUAUUUGCGUGUUUAUGUGAUGAAAGUUUAUCCGUAUGGUUUUGUAAACCAACUGUACCUGUAGUUUAUCAUAAACGGAGUGCGGAAUCUCUACAACGACUUGGUGUCAAUGUGUGUGUGGAGUGGAAACCAGAUUCAUCUAUGAUAUGUAUUUCAACUUCAGAAGGACAUUUGAUUUUAUACAAUGUAGAAUCACAGAAUGAACACACUGCAUAUCAGCAAUGUGACCCACCUACAGCAAGUCUCCGGAGGGACUCUGCAGAACUAUUUGUUAAGGAAGUUAUACCAUCUUUGAAGAUUACCUUAUUUAAAGAAAUUCUAGUGUGGGAUGGACACAUAACCAGGAUGUGUUGUAUAUCUGGAACAGAAAUACUUGUGUGCACAACAAGAGCCCAUUUACUGCGAUAUCGCUGGGACGGCAGCCAGAACAGAGACUAUUGCCUUGAUCUUGGUCGAAUACCUUUUUCUAUAAAUCAGCAGGUUUCUAAAGCGGAACCAAUUUUAGAAGAUAACACACAUGUUAAUGAUAUUGAGUACUCUCCUCUAGUUUGUGGUUUUGGCAUAACAUUGAAUGAUGGGAGAGCUGCCUACCUCACAGCACCAAAUCUCAAGUUUGAUCCAAAUGCCGUUCAAGGUAUUUGGGCACAAGGGAUCGAUGAUGCGACGUGCGUACGAGUUAACCACAAAUUCAGACUCAUCGCUAUUGGUAGAAAGAAUUCACAGAUAGACGUCUUCACGAUAGACGAGGCAACCGGUGGCUUGGAGUUGUCACACACGAUGGUGCUCAGUUCCAAGGACUUCCCCGGGGACCCGGGGCCCGUUAAAUGUAUGAGGUGGAGCGGCGAGGGCCGCGCGGUGGCGGCGAGCUGGGAGCGCGGCGGCGUGUCGGUGUGGAGCACGUUCGGCGCGCUGCUCAUGUGCUCGCUGGCGUGGGACUACGGCCUCAGCCAGGACCUCGCGCGGCACAACCCGCUCGUCGUCUCCAGCAUGGAAUGGGCAACAGAAGGUUACCAGUUGUGGAUGGUGAAAGUGGAAGAAGAAACGAAAUCGAAUCUUAUUCAGAUGGACUUUGUGAAGAGUCCACUAAGUGUCAAUCCUUGCAUGAGCAAUCAAAGGCAUCUUUACCUACAAGCAGACGACAAGUUAUACGUUAAUUUAGAAGAUAAUCUCACACGUCGAACGAAGAUAUCCAUAAUCGAUUCGUCCUCUGACGCGUUCCAAGAGAACGGUCAAGACCAUCCGCUGGAAUACGACAGCAGUACGAAGUACCAAGAGUUCGUGGACGACAACGAAUGCAGGAAACAGUGGAUAGUAUUGCAGCUGCCGGCUACGUAUAUUGCCACUAAUUGGCCGUUGCGGUUCAGCGCGGUGGACAGCAGCGGGCAGCACGUGUGCGUGGCGGGGCGCGCGGGGCUGGCGCACUACAGCUGCGCCGCGCGCCGCUGGAAGCUGUUCGGGAACGAGGCGCACGAGCGGGACUUCGUCGUCGCCGCCGGCGUGCUCUGGUGGCGGGACUACGUCGUCGCCGGAUGUUACAGUAUAACAGACGGACACGACGAGAUUCGGUUUUACCCGCGCGAUGCAAAACUUGAUAAUAAGUUCGCGAAGAUAGUUCGGGUGCAGGCGCAGGUGUUCGUGUUGGACAUUCUCGACGACCAGCUCGUCGUGUUCGGAGCGGACGCGCUCGUCACCAUAUACGAGCUAAACAGGAUCGACAACAGCGGGAACGUGGAGGUGCGCUGCGUGCAGGCGGUGGACGUGUCGGCGCUGUCGCACCCGGCGUGCGUGGUGUCGGCGUCGCUGUGCCGCCUGCAGGACGCGCCGCGCGCGCGCGCCGGCCCGCCCGCCGCGCCCGACUCGCUCGUAAUCAACGCAAGUGGAAAAUUAAUGAUGGUACAGAGAGAAGAAUAUGAUGUGGAUGAAGAUAAUAAUCCGGCGUACAGCUGUCUGCCCGCGACAGUUUUAGCCUCAUGCGUAGAAAGCGUAUGGUCUGGUGGUGGUUCGGGUGCUCAGACGCAACUGUCGCGCGCUCUAUGGUUAUGGUGCGGUGCGCUUGGUGCACGCGUGUGGCUGCCCUUAAUGCCGCGCGAGGUGACGAGGCGCACUGACCCUUCGCGGCACACCUUCAUGGCCAAGAGGAUAAUGCUGCCUUUCCAUCUGGACAUAUAUCCACUAACAAUUCUCUUCGAUGAUGCGAUACUCUUGGGAGCUGAAAAUGAUACAACUCUAUAUGCAUCCGACUCAAAUUCGGUGUUUUCUCUACCAUUUUGUGUGAUUAACAGAACGAGUCAAGUAUACUUACACCAAAUACUUCGACAACUUCUUCGACGGAACUUGGGCUAUCACGCCUGGGAGAUAGCUCGCUCGUGCUCUCAACUGCCCUACUUCCCGCACUCGCUAGAGCUGCUGCUGCACGAGGUGUUGGAGGAGGAGGCCACCAGCAAAGAGCCCAUACCUGACGCACAGCUGCCGAGCGUCAUCGAAUUCGUGCACGAAUUUCCAGUUUAUUUGCAGACUGUAGUACAAUGUGCAAGGAAGACGGAAAUAGCACUAUGGGCGUACUUGUUCUCCGCUGCCGGCAAGCCGAAGGAACUGUUCCAAGAGUGCUUGCAACGUAAGAUGCUGGAUACAGCUGCCUCCUAUCUCAUCAUAUUACAAAAUCUAGAAAGUUCGACAGUAAGCCGGCAGUUAGCGACGCAGUUGUUGGACACAGCGUUACAGCAAGAGCGGUGGGACCUCGCGAGAGAUCUUGUGCGCUUCUUAAGAGCUAUUGAUCCAAACGAUGUCGACUCUCCUAGAAACUCGAUAAACGUCCAAACCAAAUAUGGACAAAUAGUGCAGUCGCAGAGCGUCAGCCCAAAUGCUGAGGACUUGUCCGUUAUACUCGGGAGUAUGCAGGAUCGCUUGCAGCUGGGCGGCGCGCGCGGGCGGAGCUUCAGCACGACGGCCGCGCCGCGCGAGCCCUCGCCGCCCGCCGCCAGCGCGCCGCGCCGCAGCGCCGCCACCGCCGCCGUCAAGCGGAAGAAGUCCGUGCCCGCCAGGAGCGACAGGGACACGUACAGCGGCACGGCGGAGGAGUUCUUCAUCGACAUGAUGAUCCAGCGCCACGCCCGCCUGCUGCUGUCCACGGCGCGGCUGCUGGCGCUGGGCCGGCUGGCGGCGGCGCUGGACCUGCACCUGGUGGCGUGGCUGGCGGGCGAGCGCGAGCGGGCGGCGCGCGUGGACGCGGCCGUCGUGUGUCUGCGGCGCCUGCACGAGGACUUCAGCUGGCCCUACCCCGCGCCCGACGACACGGACUUCCCGCAGAGGAAGACCAGCGUUGUGCCAGCUCCGAGCAGCCCGGCGGCGGAGUGCGACAGCCUGUGCGGCGACAGCGGCUACGUGUCGCUGUCGCUGCGCAACGCGCUGCCGCUGGCGGCCGGCGCGCCGCUCUCCCCUGCGCCGCUCAGCUCCGUGGGCGAGGGCAGCGUGGCGGAGGGCGGCGGCGUGGCGUGGGGCGGCGCGGGCGACGCGGCCGACGCGGCGCCCGACGAGCGCCGGUACGCCGCGCUCAUGGAGCGCCUGCACCACCACCAGGCCGAGCGCGGCGACCACACCGCGCACGUGCAGCUCAGGUACCUGCUGCAGCUAAUGACGGAGGCGAGCUGCGUGGAGUGGGCGCUGGUGGUGGCGGUGGCGCUGCGGGACGCGCUGGCCGUGCUGCGCUGCGUGAACGCGGCGCGCGGGCCCGACGUGUCGCUGGAGGCCGCGCUCCGCCUUCGCGCUGCGCUCGCCGACCUGCGCGCCUGGACCGACGCUGAGUGCAUCGGCUACAAGCCCUUCAUGAUGGCGAUCAGCAAUCAGAUCCCGUAUCUUACUUCGAUCAUUAAUACCCGCGAACGUCGUGUCUCCUUAGCUCAAUCUCGUGCAAGAACACCAAGUACCAGUUCCCUCACGGAGCAGAAACAAACUCCUCAGGAACCAAAAUUACCCCCUCCGCAGAAGGCCCAAGAGGUAUCUAAGCAGUCAGUAAGGAAAGAUUCUCCCAUAACAAUGCCAGAACCUGAAUCGGCAGAAGUCCUCGCUCCGGCGCGACCACCGCUACCAUCUCGAGAAGAACCGGCCUCCAAUUGUGCCAUAAUGUAAUUUUUUUAUAAAUCCUCCGUAGCAUUAAAAUAUAUAUUUAAAAAAAUUACAAAAAUCCGAAAAAGUAAUACAAUCAACUUGUUUGUUUUUAUUAUUCAUUUUAAAAUUUAAACUCUAAACAAAUUACCAAUAUUAUGCCUAAAAAAUGACUAAAUAUUUAUUGAUUUUUUUUUGCGUAAGUUGCGUACGUUGUAAUCAUACAAUUAAUUGAUUAAUAAUAAAUUAGACAGAUGGCACGUGGCAUUUAAUUUCAAAGAAUAUAUAUAUUAUAUAUAUUUUUUUAAAUUUAUUUCAACUUUAAACUAAAUAAUGUUUUAUUAUACUAUAAUUUUAUAUAUUACGAAACAACGUUACAAAUAUAAAAUUUAACCUUUUAUCGGAAUUAUAUUACAUUAUUUAUAAACCAAGAUAUUUCGGUAUCUUUAUGCGGACUUUAAAAACCCUUGCCUUUCUCUACUUCUGUCUGUCAGUAUCUCUAGUCUAUCUUUACCUUAAUUCUAAAUAUUGUUAAUAAUAAUUUUAACAUAAAU